CAGUCACGCAUUCAAAAUGAACAGCGCUUGUUGAUGCUGUUGUGCUGUUACAGUCUAUCUCUUCUCACCCUGUGAUUACACCUGGAUCCAGUAAAAAUCUUAAAGUAUACAGUCACUGCAGAAUGGACGAAAGUGGAAGACGGCAUGAAGUAUUCAUUGAACUGAGACAGCGUUUGCAAAGUGGCCUCCUGAUUAUGAGGAAUGAUGUGGCCCACAGUCCCACAGAGGUCAAAGUCUCCAGCAGCAGCAGCAGCAGCAGCACCGAGUCCUCUCUGCUCAUUCAGACCCCCAGAGAGCUGCGGCGCGUCACACUGCCACCAGGGGUCAGCGUUGUGCCGGGCUCCUGCCAGCCCACCCCUUCGGGCGACGACGGUGCAGGAGAAGAGGGGCUCCACUUCAGACUGCGCCUGGACGUGAAGCAGCAGGCCGAGUGGCGGGGGAGUGUUAUUGAGCGGUUACAGGUCCAGCGCUCCUAUGGCUUCCUCUGCCAGGCCUGCGGGGCUUGCAUCCAGGAGAAGAGGGUGUUCCGGCGCGUCCUGCCCCUGCCCAGUGGAAACUGGAACGCCUUGGUGGGCGAUUGGUGCUGCCACCCGGACCCUUUCGCCAACCUGAAGCUCCACCCUCGGCCGGAGGACUGCUUAACAGGAGACACCUACUUCCUCUUGGCAGGAGACGACAGCUCCAAUCAGGCACUUACGAUUAACCCACGUGCCGCCCCUGAGACCACGGCAACCAAUCACAGCCAGGACUCUGACAAGCCUAGGCCUGUCCACACCGGCACCUCGGUGGUCUCCUGUAAGAAGUGCUCUGCCAUGCUUGGAGAGGCCCUUACAAGAGACGUCUUCAAGUUCUACAUCACAGAGGUCGUUGAGACUGAGGGCGAUGGCAUUACCAAUGACAUAACCAGAUUGGAGUUUGUGGAGAAGACUGUGUCUGCCAGGCUUGUUGAGCUGUCCUCGGCCCAAAGUAUGUUCCGAUUCUCCCUUCAGACGCCCUCUGGCAAGGCAGCUGUCCUGCUCUGGCUCCUGAACACAGACACCCUGGUCGCUUGGUUUCCAGAGAAGCCGGUGGUAUCCGGCGGUAACGGCCCACUCAUCCCUCUCGGUGACGGCCGCGGUGACGAGGAGCAUCCAUCACGUCAUGCCGUCAGUGCCGUCAAAGUCCUCUACCUCCCCUGCGGUGCCACUAACGCUCCCAGCAGCCACCGGGAGCUGAUCAGUGCCUGGGAGAAGGACAUCAGUGUUCAUCCUCUGACGCUUCCUGAAACCACGUGCCAGGAAGUAGUUCAGCUGCUGCAGACCUCUACCUCCUGUCUUCCGCCAUCACUGCGCUCCAUGAACUCCUACCAGGUGGCCUACAUGAGAAGAUAAGGGGCCCGAGACGAGGAGGACCGGUGUGAGGAGAUAGCAGCCCAACGGUCAAGAGAGAGGGAGCUACUAAUCUACAUUCCACAUACCCACAGGGCACUGGAGGGGCCAGGCAUGGUUCUCAUCACAGACAGACAAACUGAGUUACAGACCAUCAGAGACUCACUCUCACUCACUCUGUGACAGGUAGAGUCACAGACAGUCAGAGUUAGACAGAUAUUGGGUGCUAUGCCAUGCGCAUGAUGAAAAGAAAAAAAAACUCAAACGUGUCAGCUCCUCAUCUGAAACCUGUGGGAAAACAGAUGGCCAUAUUAAAUGUUUUCUACAAAAUGA